UUGACAGAACAACAACAUUGAGCUGAACGGCUUUGGCAGACGUCGAAAUGCAAAGGUGUAGAGCUCUAGGUCACGCACUUGUCCGACAAUUUACCUUCCUCGCACGGGCAGCCUGAGGUUUCAACUCGAAUAAGCAAGGAUGCGGCAUACCUGAAGUUGAAAAUACCCCCCAUCGUCGUUACUACCCAUCAGGAUGUCAACAAGAAAAACAUCAGGUUUCGCCAUGCUGGGUGCUGGUAUCUAUGCGAAAGAAGCCCAUGUACCAGCCCUCGUAUCGAUAGGAGCUGCAGCGUUUCCUCUUAAAGCAGUAUAUUCCCGUACGGAGAGCAGUUCUCAAGCACUGGCACGCGAAGUCGCUCUCAAGUUGGAGGUCGUUCCAGAUGUUUACCAUGAUAACGACCCUACGAAAAACCUAGACUCGUUGCUAUCUAGGUCAGAUAUCACCGCAGUAAACAUCGUACUUCCAAUCACUCUUCAGCCGGACAUCAUUCUCAAAUGUUUCGCUGCUGGAAAGCAUGUACUUAGCGCCAAACCGAUAGCUCCUGACGUAUCAGAGAGUAUGCGGCUGAUCAAAAUCUACGAAACACAAUACAAGCCAAAAGGGCUUGUGUGGAGAAUUGCGGAGAAUUUCGAGUCCGAGCCUGGCUACAUUACUGCUGGACAGAUCAUUCGUGAUGGAAAGAUUGGAAAGGUAAUAUUCUUCCAUGUGCGAGCAGUGAAUUAUAUGGACAAAGGAAACCGGUGGUACAAAACACCGUGGCGUACUAUACCUGAUUAUCAAGGUGGUUUCUUGCUCGAUGGUGGAGUACAUUCGACAGCCGCCCUGAGAGUGAUGUUGCCCGGCAAGAUGACACAUCUAUCCAGUUUUGCUUCGUUGAACAAGAAGUACCUACCGCCUCACGAUACCAUCAACGCAAUCGUGAAAGUAGAUGAUGGUUCACACGGCAUAUUUGAAAUGAGUUUCGCAGCUCCUGCAACUUCGCUCUCCCAAGGAAACAGGAUCAUAAUCACAGGUACCGACGGCUGGCUUUCCGUGGAACAGGCCAAAGUCUUGGGCACACAAGGAGGAAUAGAGAUCCCGGUCCUUCGCAUCAAUCUCAGAAUGGUCACGAAGGUGAACGAUAAGCCGGGGCCAGAAAGAACAGAAAUUAUUGAUGAGCCCGUGAAAGGGGUGGAAGCUGAGUUAGGGAGUUUUUUUGCAGCAGUUGCUGGGACGAGGGAUGACGGUUUGGGAAGUCCCGUGGGGGCACUAGAAGAUGUUGCUUUUAUUCAAGCUGCUUUGAACAGCGAGGGAUGCCUUGUGGAAUUGCAAAACAUGUGGUAAUCUGAUUUGGAAUGAGUGAAUUG